AUGUGGGUGUUCUAUCUGAUAUCGCUGCCUCUAACACUGGGCAUGGUGAUAUUUACUCUGAAAUACUUCGCCGGUCCAUACGUACCUCGAUAUGUAUACUUCACCGUAGGAUACACAUGGUUCUGCUCUAUCUCCGUCAUCAUCCUCGUCCCUGCUGACAUUUGGACGACGAUAAUUGGUCAUGACAAUGGAGGAAUCUCUUUCUUUUGGAGCUGGUCGUAUUGGAGUACAUUUUUGCUUACUUGGCUAGUGGUGCCCCUUAUUCAGGGCUAUGAAGAUGCUGGAGACUUCACAGUGAUGGAAAGAUUGAAGACUAGUGUACAUGUAAACUUGGUCUUCUAUUUAGCAGUGGGAUCCGUCGGCCUUUUUGGGCUUAUUCUCCUCAUUACUAUGCAAAAACCUAGAUGUAGGAGUUGUGUCAUGUUUCAUUUGAAGGAGAAUCAGUUGUCUGGUGGUUUGUUUGGUGGUUGUUGCCAAUUUUUUGUUGGAUAUUUAAAUGUAUAUGGUGGUCCGAAAUCAUGUGACAGGAGUAUAUUGGGGUUUCCCAUGGCUUGCUCGAAUACUUUUGGACUUGUUACAGGUGCAUUUCUUCUUGGUUUUGGUUUGAGCGAGAUUCCGAAGAGCAUUUGGAGAAAUGCUGACUGGAUCACUCGCCAAAAGGUUCUUUCUCAUAAAAUUGCCAAAAUGGCUUUGAAACUUGAUGACGCGCAUCAAGAGCUAUCAAAUGCCAUUGUUGUUGCUCAGGCAACAUCCAAACAGAUAUCCAAACGUGAUCCUUUGAGACCCUACAUGGAUAUUAUUGAUAAUAUGUUAGUGCAAAUGUUCAAAGAAGACCCGUCAUUCAAACCCCGAGGAGGCCAAUUAGGGGAAAAUGAUAUGGACUAUGAUACAGAUGAGAAAUCGAUGGCAACACUUAGGUGCAAUCUUAGGGGAGCUCGGGAGGAGUAUUGUCGCUACAAAAGGUGGGUUGAUGGUAAAACAUGUCUUGUCAAGUUUGCUUUAGUAUUUGUGACGCAGAAACAUGGUUUGAAUCUGCUGUCUCAGUUUGUCCAGGGGUGGAAAUUCUCAAAUUCCUGGCUUCUCAUCAACUGCAAAAGGAAGGAGAUUGUAAUAAGAGCACUGUUGUUUUCCCUGAAGCAACAGCUGUGCUGUUCUGAUUUCAUUUCAGUUUUUGAUGUAGGAAAUGAGUAUUUGACGUAUGUCAGGGAGGCCCUUGAACUGGAAGAUACGAUGAAGAAUUAUGAACGACGCAAUGCGACCGGAUGGAAAUUUGUUUCAAGUUUCAGCUCCGAACGGUCUGGCACAUUAGGAUCCUUCUUUGACACUAUAGAAUUCAUCUGGCGAUGUGUUUUGAGGAAGCAACUGGAGAAAUUUUUGGCGGUCAUUGUUGGUUGCAUGUCAGUUGCAAUUCUUUUAGCAGAGGCAACUUUGUUGCUUAGUGUUGAUUUAUCCCUUUUUUCAAUUCUCAUAAAAUCUGUAGGCAAGCAAGAGGUGUUCGUGCAGGUCUUUGCUUUUGUUCCCCUGAUGUAUAUGUGCGUCUGCACAUACUAUUCAUUGUUCAAGGUUGGAAUGCUAAUGUUUUAUUCAUUUACACCUAAACAAACCAGCUCAGUCAGCUUGCUUAUGAUAUGCUCGAUGGUAGCUCGGUAUGCACCUCCAAUUUCAUACAAUUUCCUCAAUCUCAUUGUCCUUGGUGAGAAGAAUAAACCUAAGGAAACUAUUUUUGAAAAGCGUAUGGGAAACAUUGAUCAAGCUGUCCCUUUUUUUGGGAGUGGAUUCAACAGAAUCUAUCCACUUAUGAUGGUUAUAUAUACACUGUUGGUUGUGAGCAACUUCUUUGACCGGGUUAUUAAUUUCUUUGGAAACUGGAAGAUAUUUAGAUUUCAAACUGAGGCAGAUGAUAUGGAUGGUUUUGAUCCAUCAGGAUUAAUUAUAUUGCAAAAAGAAAGAACUUGGCUUGAAGAAGGGUGCAUAGUUGGUGAACAUGUUGUUCCACUGGCUAGAAAUUUCAACGAUGUGGCCAUAGAUGUGGAAUCUGGUAUCAAAAGCACGGAUAGGAAUGGUGUCGAAAUGAAGGCAACCACCAAUUUAACCAAGGACAAUUUGAAGGGAAGUUCAUCAAAACCUCUGAAAGAUGAGGUCCGUAGAUAUGGAGGGAGUAAAGAAGUCAUCAGCAGCAAAUAUGCUGCCAUGAGAGAACAGACCAUACAAGCAUCCAACAUGAUGCCAGUGGAGAAUAUAGCCUCUGCUAAAGUGUCUUUGCUUGAUGCAGGGAGAUCUCCGUCUAGCGAAAGUCCAGGAGUUCCAGCUGGUUUAGCCUCAAAAUGGGCAUCAAUGAAAUCUGGUUUUCAAAGUUUCAAGGCGAACGUAGCUGCCAAAAAAUUAAUUCCUUCUCGCCAACUUCAGGACGCCAAUCAUCUCACUCGUGUGUCCUCGUCUGAGUCCCUUGAUGAGAUAUUUCAAAGAUUGAAACGACCUGCUUUAGAACAUUCUAGUCGUAGGGAUGAGGACGGCGAUGAGAUUGACAUGGGAGUUUCAAGGCCCACCAGAUAA